AUGGCCUCUCAGUCUCUGCCUCCAGUCCCUCCGCCACAAUGGGUCGUGGAUUUGAAUUCUCCCAAGCCACGUCCCUCCAAGGCCGCCGCCAGCAUCCCAGACCCUCCAGGCUUCACUAGCAGUCGAUCAAGCGGCAAGAAUCGCUCGCAACAGCAAACGCCGACUCCAGCCAAACCCGCCGAGACGGAUACCCUGAAGCUCAAGAAAGCUUGGGAAAUAGCGCUCGCCCCCUCGAAACAGAUCCCUAUGAAUGCCAUCAUGAUGUACAUGUCCGGAAACAGCCUCCAGAUCUUCAGUAUCAUGAUGGUUUUUAUGCUCUUCAAGGGUCCGAUCCAGGGCCUGAUCAACACCAACACGGUAUUUGCCAAGUUCGACACGGAAGGAACCCGGGGAAAGCUUCUCGGCGUCAAGGCGAUCUACAUCGUGAUGCAAUUGGUAUUGUUGGGACUGGGAGUGUGGAAGGUGAAUGCAAUGGGUCUACUACCGACUACGAGAUCGGACUGGCUGGCGUGGGAGUCAGAACGACAGCCUGUGGAGCGGGCUUAUUUUGCUUUCAGUUGA